CUGAUCUCUCUCCCUUACUUCACGUCCCCUUUUUUUCCUGAGUUGUUUUUUUGCACAGAUGAGCUGCUUUGCUGGAGGGUUUUCUUGUUUAUCUGUUUUAUACCUAUAGCUGUUAAGUCAUCCGUUCUGUCGUUAACCCUCGGAUUUAUGUCGGUAGGUGGUUAGUUAGUUAGUGUAAUCAAGCUCGUGCAUUUGUUUUUGAGUGGACAUCAAAAAAAAUAAUUAUACCAAAUUCGUGGAAAAUACAUCAAAAACUGGAUAUUCUACUAUAUUAGAAUAAAACAUUAGAUAUGCUUAUUUAAGUCGUUGUUGUUACACUUAUCCGUUCGCUAUGUUGUUGAAAGAAAACCAGGUCAGCUUAAGUGUUUUCACGUCUGUAACGGACUCAAGUGAUGAACCGAUUCGAGCUGCGGUUCCUCCGUCUGUGGAGCUCGGACUCACCAUUGUUUAUACCAUCCUAUAUUCGCUACUCUUUGUGUUUGUUUACUUGCAACUUUGGCUCAUUUUGCGUUAUGAACACAAGCGCUUCAGCUACCAGAGUGUCUUUCUUUUUCUCUGUUUGCUGUGGUCAGCGCUAAGGACUACAUUAUUUUCAUUCUACUUCAAGAACGUUGUCCAAGCAAACCAGUUGCAGCCUUUGCCUUACUGGCUGUUGUACUGUUUUCCAGUAUGCCUCCAAUUUUUCACUCUGUGUCUGCUCAAUCUUUAUUUUGCACAGGUAAUGUUUAAAGCCAAAGCAAAAUAUUCUCCGGAGCUCAACAAAUACAAGCUGCCCAUGCGUCUGGCGUUCAUCUUUGCCAGCCUUUUCUUCCUCGUAGUAAACCUGACAUGCGCCAUGCUGGUGCAGGGGGGCAUAGGGGGUGGCAUGGGGGGCGAGGCGGGCGAGGCAGAGGUGCGGCAGGUGGUGCUGGCCCGGGUGCUGGUCAACGACAGCCUCUUCGUACUCUGCGCCAUCUCGCUGGCUGUGUGCAUUUUCAAGAUUGCCAAGAUGUCCUCGUCCAACGUCUACCUCGAAUCCAAGGGUACGUCAGUGUGCCAAGCUACUGUCAUAGGUGCUGCAGUCAUCCUGCUCUACAUGUCCAGGGCCAGCUAUAACCUGGUGGUGGUGGCUCUCUCUCCAGAGAACCGUCCCAGCGCCUUUAACUACAGCUGGUACAAUGUCUCUGACCAGGCAGACAUAGAGAAGAUCAGUGGAGAGGCUUACAUCAUCUUUGGGAUCAUCCUCUUUUUCUGGGAGCUGCUACCCACCAGUCUGGUCGUGGUCUUCUUUAGGGUACAGAGGCCCAAUCAGAACCUAGCACCAGGAGGAAUGAUCAACAGUCACAGCUUCAGUUCCAAGGCCUAUUUUUUUGAUAACCCCCGGAGGUACGACAGCGAUGAUGACCUGUCCAGGAGCAACAACUCCAGAGCAGAUCGACCGAAUUUCCUGUCCUCGACGCCCCAGUUGGACCCCAGCUGGUACAACUCCACCCAGAGGAACGGCAGCCUUACGGGGAUCCCCCAUCUCCCCACCGGCUCCCAGACCUCCACUGCACCCCUUCUCCUAGCCUACGGCAACAUCCAGUCCAACCAGCACCAUAACUACUAUUCCACCCCCCAGAACUACUAUUCUACCCCCCAGAAUCACUACUGCACCCCUCAGAACUAACCACCCCCGCCGUCCCCAGUAGAUACCCCUGAAAGUAAUCCAGAAAACACUCAGGAAAGGGGCGCUCCUGAUCUUCAGCUACAUGGCUACGACCCUCUGGGUUACCCUGGCGAUCCUGUGACUGGCGCUGUGUGGCCACGCCUCCCUCAUUCCAGCUUUCGACCCGGUCCCACCCCACCAGGGCUACUUAACUACCCGUCUUGUUGUAGGCAUGGUGACUACCAUUGGGAUUUCUAGGGCCAGACGAGGGGAGAUCAUUUGAGGUCAGUGGUGGUUAGGGAAUGGUCAGCUGAGUGAUAUUCUGUUUAUUAAAAAAGCUUUCCAACAUGUCUAUUACCACAGUCCUGAAACAGAGGUCUGCUACCCAACCCGAGCCCAACGGCCCCCGACAUUACACAUCGGGUUAGGGCCAGGUAUGGUCUCUUUUUUUCAUCAAUAACUAGAGAACGGGCAGGGCUCGGGUAUCACUAGAUUGAUCACUAACAUUUUGAAGCUGAACCAUUUGUGUGUUCUCUGCUGCGCAGUACAGUCAUAUUUAACUAAGUUCUUCAACCACAUUACAUAUAAAACAGGAGAGAUUAUUUCACAGAAAAUAAUAAUGUUCCUUGAGUUUUUUAGGAGUUUAGAGUGAUGAAAAGUAGCCCAAGCAGAGCCAUUGCUAUGGUUACUCAGACUCAGAGCCACCAUGAGCUGAGCGGAUGCAGAGCGAGCGAGUGACAGACGGAGGAGCAGCUAAUGGAUUUACAAACUGAGGAAGUUAUUUCUGAUUUUGGGUUUUUGACAGGGCAUUAAAUUUGGCAGAAGCAAUUGGGCCUGGGUAGUGUAGGGCCUGAACAUUGUGGGCAUGGGUAGGGCUCGGGCUUUACACUCUUGUCCGUGCAGGGCUCUUCCUGGAACAUUGUACUAUUCCUAAGAAGUGUUUGUAAGGAAAGGAUUGUGCUUCUCAGCUUUUCCACACACACACUCUAUGUUUGUCGGACAUCAAACAGAAAAGUUAGUCCUCUAUCUCUUUCAAGGACCAGACAAGUACAUGGACCAGCACCCCAAAUUUCCUAUUUUGCUUUGGUCCAGUGGGCAGUUCUCCCCGCUACCCCUUGCACACAGACUCCCCUCCAUGAGUCUGGAGGUGACAUUUGCACUUGAAAAAAUCCCCUCACUUCACAUUCUGAGGACAAGACUCUGGCUUUAAUGUAGACUUGGAUCUUUAUACAAUCUCAGACUUUGUGUUCCUUCCCUGGACCAUGUCUCAUUUCCCUGUAAAGACCAGUUGUUAUCUGAGCAAUGAGACAUCCAUGACCAUGUCCUUCUAAACCAGCACCAAAUGGGGCUAGAAUCAUGGGCAUUGUUCUCAGUAUUCGAGCCCAAUGUGCACUGGGACACUGUGGGAAGGGUUAAUACUUUGUGUGUUUGAAUCUUUCACACUGUCAAAGACUGUGUGGCAGAGGAAGGCCACUUUUGCCAAAGAGGGCACAGAUCGAGAGUUGGGCGUAAAAUGUAGUCUCGAGCCUCCAGCUUUCCUAGCUCCUUGGGAACUCCGUUUCGACGAGAGGCCCAUAAUGGAGCAUAGACUGUGGGGAAACAAUACGUUUCUGAAUGAAUUUUCUGAUCUGGACCCAGUAAAGUGAAUGUACGGCCUAAGUGUGGAUCGGCGGAGUGAUCAGAUCAAAAUGUUUGUGGUCCAGUUUUAUAGUACAGUAGGCUACUCCUGGCAAAGCCCCAGCAAGGUCCCAGCUCAGUUUGUGUUUUCUUUACAACUCUAAUGGUCAUUGUCACCAGACAGCACAAAAAUAUCUGGGACCAGGCUAACCGGUGACAGAGAGGGAUAGAUGGGCUUAAAGACGCCCUCCCUCUCUUUCUAUAUCUUGACUAUAAUAGUAGCUGUAUCCAUGUGGUAGUUUACAGCAUCAAGAUCACCAUCAUUAGCCUGGACCCAGAUCUGUUUGUUUUGUCUUGCCAGCAACUCUGGUCAUAGUCACCCCAUUGGCCAUAAGAGUUGGCAAAAAUAGCACAAACAGAUCUGAGACCAGGCUACACCACCAUACAAGGACACCAGAAAAUGUGCCAUUACAUGUUACUGUUAGUUUUUUUCCCUUGUGGAAAACGUCUUGCACAAAAUGCUGUAUAUAUCAAAAAUUAUUAUUAAGCUUUAUGACCACCUACUUAUUUCAUUUUUAACUGGAUUCUAUGUUUGUUUUUUAUACUCCAUGGCUACUAGUUUGGACUUUUCCAUGUCGAGAUAGUGGUACGGCCCAGGUGUACAGGGCGAGUAUGUGUGUGAAUGUGUUUGCUAAACAUGCUUAUAUGCACAGAAAGUGUUUAGGUAGGAGGUAAGAAAACUGUUGAUCGUCUUUCCCAAGAGCGGACUCGGAAGAGGAAGCCGGGAUGAAUGCACAAAAAGGUUUAUUGAUCAGAGAAUUGGGGAGUGCAGAACCGGGGUAGCUCAGAUGAGUUGCAAAAACCAGGAGUGUAGAGUGAGGUUGGAGUUGGUUGAGUAGAACAGGGGAAGGGGUCCUGAGGGGAAUCCAAGGUAAUAGUGGUGAGUGAUAUCCAGAGCAACGUGGUGAGAUGUGGAACAGGAGCCAGAGAGGUAACUGCAAGGAGAGGACAAAAAAAUGGUGUACGGGAGGAAAACGAGCAAAGCAGAGUAACAGGAUCUUGAGAAUAGACAAAAGGCUAGAGUGAUAACGGACAGAGCAGAGAUUACGAUCUGGCCGAGUGGAGGUGGCAGGGAUGAGUAUAUGUCGAGGUCUUGAUUAUGGGAUGAUUUGCAGCUGGUAGGGAUCAGCUCUGACUCCAGCACACCUGUUUCCAACCACACAAUCACACCAAGGGAGAGUGUACACAGGGGGAGAACUGAAGGUUAGGAAGACACCGGAUGAACACCAGAGGGUGUAGUGGGCACAGAUGUGACACUUUCCUUUGUUUGUUACUGUUGAACAGAGUUUUGUGUUUGCAAAAACCUGUUCAGAGAGGGCAAGAGGAAUUGCUCUCUACACAUUUGAUAUGCCUUCUAAUCAUAUUUUAAUAUUUUGUUUUGUUUUAUUUUGCCAUUGUUUUCUUGAUUCCUUUCUUCUAUGAAUGUCUGAGAUCAAGUGUUGUCGUUGUUGACGUUAUACGAGUUAUGUCAAUUAAUAUCUGCUGACGAAUGCAAUCAUAUUUUAAGUAUAUUCUUUUUUUUAAAUAUUUUUAUUUACCCCCCUUUUCUCCCCGAUUUCGCUCCAACUCCAACCGAGGUCAGCUUGCAGGCUCCCAGCCCACCACAAGGAGCUGAGAUGAUGAGCCAAGUAAAGCCCCCCCUGCGCCAAUUGUGCGCCGCCCUGUGGGACUCAUGAUCACGGCCGGUUGUGACACAGCCCGGGAUCGAACCUGGGUCUGUAGUGACACCUCAAGCACUGCGAUGCAGUGCCUUUAGACCGCUGUGCCACUCGGGAGGCUUUGUAUGUAUAUUCUAUGCUAUUUUCUCCCAACAUCUCUGUGUUUGGGACUGUCAUUGCAUCAAAUGGCUGAUGUCACCUUUUGACCUUUGGUGCUGUGGUGGUCAUACAGGAAAUGUCCAGUUCGACAGGAAGUGAAAACAUAUAACCCACAGAGAAUGAUAGAGGCCUCUAGUGGCCAAAAGGCUGUUUUAGCAUGGGCACCGCCAUUGAGGGCUUCCCCCAUUUUAAUGUAGGCAAUUGGGUGGGACUUCCAUCUUCAUUAGCUGAUCCUUCCUGAUGACCCGGUUGGAGUCAUUUCCAACUGGGUCAUUAGGAGGGAUUAGCCAAUUGAAAAUGUACUAUUUUAAAAGAUAGCCUUAAUGGAGCUGCUGUCUAUUACCCUAGAAUGGCACAGAUACACAUAUGAGUCCUCUAUUUAUCUCUAUAGUAUACCCGCAGGUUGAACUUCCUCUCACCCUCCCAGGGCCAUAAGCCAAUUCCGGCCAGCCAGGGGAACUGCUUUAAAGAUUUUUAUUGUAUUUUAUUCCCCCUUUUCCUUAAAAAAAUAAUUUUAGAGGUGGAUUCUGCAGGGUAAUGGAUUUGGGUGUAGGAACAAACAGAUGGUUGUCUUUCCUUUAAUUUGCUUUGGAGUCUCAAACUAACUUACAUAUGUGUGUGAUGGUUGCAGCAAAUCUCUGUCAGUAAGCAAAAGCGAGCAAACAGCUAUAAUCAAUGGGAAAAUACUGGCAAAUGUUGAUAUUUUCACCCUUAUAUCCAAGAACAUACAUCUCUGGCAUGAUUGCAAAUUAUCCUUACUUAAAGAGAUAGUCAGAUGAAAUUGUGGAUAACAUUUUGUAUGUCUUUGCGUCCAGUAUGAAGGGAGUUAGAGGUAUUUUUGUGAGCCAAUGCUAGCUAGCGUUAGUUCAAUAGACUAUUGCUAUAACGUUAGUUAGCAAUUACGCUAUCGCUAGUCAGCAACUUCCUUCAAACUGAACACAGAGACACAAAAAUGGUAUGCAUGGGUUCAUCUGACUCUGGGGAAGUAGAUAAAGGGCUUAUUUGCAAAAAUAUUCAACUAUCUGUUUAACAGCAACUUAUGUUCAAAUGUAUGAGUUGAAAGUAUUGUAUUUUUUUGCUGAUUUUGUUUCUGUGAAAUCUACUGCUAUAUAAGCUCUUGUGUCUAGCAAAGAGCAGGUUUAGCCUUUUAUAAUAAUUAUAAUUUGUCUCAAAUUCUUUAUUGGUGGCCAAUGAAUGUAACAUAUUUACCCAUCUUUCAUAGAUCACUAAAGAUGUUUGCAAGCACUACCCUGUUAAAAUAAAGCUUUUCAUCUGAACACACAAGGUAUAACAAAAGUCCUCUGCAGAACUAGAGGCUGCAUUCAAGGGCAUGAUAGAGCCCCACUGUGGAGAAUAAUAAUACCCCAAAAACCUAGCGGUCAAACAGGGAAAUGGUUCCAUUUGUUUUCCACCCUUCAUUUUUCCCAUAGGGGAUUUUAGAAACACUUAAAAUAAGGGCUGUGUUUCAUGUAGGCUUACCCUGGCGUGAAGUUUUUAUAACCAUGUAAAUCUCUCAGACAAGGUGACUUUCGUCAAUAUAUUUGGCUCUAUUUACUCUGAUUCGAAAAUGCUAUCAAAGUAGACAUCAUGAAAAACUACAAAUCCCUGCAAACUCCCAAUUUAUUCAUUACUACAUUUAGCUAACAUUAGAUAGUGUCACGUCUACUCCCGCUAUAGAUAGUUAAUCCAGAUAUCCUUACCUUUGCCUCGAUUUUGGCGGCCUCAUCCAGAUCAUCAUGGCAUUUGUAGUUUUUUUUAGGAUAGCCACAUUAGCAGCUAAUUAGUAUUUCUAUUUGGGGAGGUAAAUACAGACGAAUCUAUUGAUAAAAGUCACCUUGUCCUGAAGAGAUUUACACAGUUAUCAACACAUAAUGCCAGGGUAAGCCUACAAGAAACACAGACUUUAUUUUAAGUGUUUCUAAAAUGGUGGAAAAUGAUUGGAACCAUUUCCCUGUUUGACCCCGAGGUUUUAUGGAUAUUAUGACUCACAUUGUGGUACUCUAUACAUGGCAAAAUAACAAAGAGGGGGCGUAUUUAUCAAAACAUGCAAUGAACACCAUUUUAAAUAGUUUUGCAACAGAAAAUGGACAUUUGCAUUUCUUAUUUGUUGUCCAGGUAGUCUCUCCCUGUUUCAUUGUGUUUUGAACACAAUGAACACAGUCCAGUUCUCUGAAGGCUCAAGAACCCUCUGGUUAACAAUGUGACUGCAAUUGAUAAAUCAAACAUAAAUAUGAAUCGCCCACUUUCUUUGAUGGUGCAAACCAUAACCAGUGCGUUAAGAGUUGGUUUGCAUUCCUAAGUCCUGACGAACAUUAUCAGCUCACAGAGGUUUCUCUGGUCUGUGAACGACAAUGUCGAAAUUGAGUUUUGUGUCUUGGCCGAACCCUCGACUACGAUUCAAUUAUAUGUGUUUUAAAGCGGAUCAGGUUUGAGCUCCUGUGUGUUUUGACAAGACUGUUCAAUCCACUGUAUUCCCACUCAUCUCUGAUUUAAGAUGUAUGAUCAAGAUUUGGCUUCACAGAUUCGCAUCUAAUCAUGCAACUGAUGUUGAUUUCACAGUUGAUCCAUAAUCAACACCCUUCUGCCUUUACCAAUAUUCACGAGGAUGCUCAUGCAUGUGGUCAAAACGGUCAGUGUGAGGAGUUAUCAAAGCCAGUGUUUUGCCUCACUUGGAACAGAGGAAACCAGCAGAGGAAACCUGCAGCAGAUAGGCAGUGAAAUCCAUUAUGAAAGCGUUGUUUGUGUACUGGUGAUGGCGCAUGUAAAGUAUAUAAUCCUUGAUGUGCUGGAGGAGGAUUGGAAAUGACAAUGAUAAAUGUGUAUCAUUUCAAAGGCUACUGACCUUGAUAGGGAAAAGAUAGCCGCACAUUCAUCUCUUCUUUAUUUUACUAACAUUUUGGCUAAAAAGCCUUCAUCAGAGUAUUUCACCCUGAUUUAAGAGACAUAUGAAACCAUGAAACUGAUUGCCACUCAGAGAUUAGCCUAAAGAUUGGAAGGUUGGGGGUUCAAUCCCUGGGUGAGUCAUAACCAAAGAAGACUCAACACCUCUUUGCUUGGCACUCAGCAUAAGGCCGUGCGAUAGACCAGCUUCUUGACCAUGGGGUGUACUUGUACAUUAAGCAGCCUCAUGCUACAGGAAUAGGAGAUUGGGCAAGCUAUUUACUCUUACAGCAAGAAGAGAUGAGUGUGCGACUUAAUUUUUAUUUGUAUAGUAUCUUUCGCUAGUCUGCACCUCACCAAAAGGGUGUGUGUUCUUUAUGUUUUACUUAACAGAUUGUGUACAGACCUAUAUUUAUUUCAGUUAUAGAAAAUAAUCUCUAAAUCAAAUUACAUUCAGUUACUUUACAGCCAAUCUGCCAUUGAGAAAGAUUGGAUAAGCACUUUGAAAGGCCCUGAGAAGUGUACACAUUCUAUCAAUGAUUGGUCAACACGUUUUACAUGUGUAUGCAAAAUAUUUCAUGUGAGUAACAUUCACCAUUCACCAAUAAAUUGAUUAUGAAAAGCUA